AUGAUGAUAGCAGGCGGCGCCGAAGACGCAGAGGAAGGCCGCGGCAAGCGACAGCACAAGCGGUUCCGAGACACGCGGUAUAGGGCCACGCACAUCCAAGCCUCAGUGAUCCCCAAGCUACUUCAAGGUCACGACGUGUCGAUCCAGUCCGAGACGGGUUCGGGCAAAACGCUGGCCUACAUGCUGCCUGCUGCACAUUGCGCCUGCGAACGUACGUUUGGUGUCCCGACAGCCGAAGAGGACGAAGAUGAGGAGGGCGGUGACGCCGACUUCAAGGACCACCUCUUUGAGGUCGAGGAUGAUGAGCCGAGCAGCAGUGUGUGCUACAAAGUUCUGCACCCCGCUGAUGGGAAUACCACCAAGCUGCUCAGCCGCCCAGAGAAAUAUGCCACACCCACCGGACAGCGUGUGCGCAGUGGGGAUGAGUUUAUGAGCAGGAGCAGUGCAGGUUCACCAUUGGACAUACAGUUCAUCGAGCUGGCGGAUGGCCGGGGCUGGUACCCCUGGAAUCGUGGCGACCUGCGCCAGAGGUUCGGCCUCACGGCCGUGCAGUACAGCAAAGGUCAGCGCGUGGAGGCGAAGGAAGAGAUCGUCUAUGGCUCUGGUGACGUGGUUCGGAGUGGAGAGAAAGGUACCAUCGAGCGGUUGUUGCCCUACGUGGGCGUGAGAUGGGAUGGGCUUCCUGGGGUCAAAGCUAUUCCAAAGCCACGUGAAAUGUUGCAGGAUGAAAGGAAGGUCCUGACAAUGAAGCAGAAGUGGGCCAGUUGUGCGCCCGACACCUUGAUUUUGACGGCGACCCGGGAGCUCUGUGAGCAGGUCGCAGAGGUUGCAAGGCAGCUAGGGAGAAGGAUGCCAGAGCAAGUACAAAAGAACUGGAAAGUGGCCGUCGCAGUAGGUGGGCCACCGGGUGUCGGCAAGAACCUGACACGCCAGCGCGAAGAAUGGCCCUUCCCGAAGGGGCCGGAUGCUCCGGAUGUCCUGGUGUCCACACUGGAGUUCAUGGGCUACUUCUUCCACCGGAAGCACAUCCCUUUGUGGGCGAAUAUUCGCUAUGUGGUCUAUGAUGAGGUCGACAACCUGGUCUCCGGCACCCGCUCGAAGUUUCUGGAGCGGAUCAAAGUCAUGAUCCUUCGAGCUCAGCGGACCGAGGGCGCCCGCGUGCAGACCGCUUUGGUUGGCUGUGUCAUGCCAAACCAGGGAGGCAAGUCCACACGAAUGCUGAUCAACCGGUGGAUGCCCCACGCCCUGCGCACGGCGGAGAGGCCGGACUUGUUCCACCGGAGUCAUCCCAUGGUGCCCAUGAAGUGGCAGUACGCCCCUGAGGGCUUCGAUGAGAAGGUCCGCUUGCUGCUGGACCAUUUGAAGAAAGACAUCGGAACCUACAGAGACAGGAAGACCGGAAAGAUGUACCUUAAGCAGAAGACACUCGUUUUUUGCAACAGUACCCAGACAGCAGCAAAGCUGGCCGAGCUGCUAGCAACCACAUAUCAUUUCCGGAAGAUCGGGAUCUUUGUGAAGUCCAUUGGCUAUGAUGAGCGACGGAAGCGAUUGCACCUGUUCAGAGAGGGUAAGAUUACCCUCAUGGUGUCCACUGACCUCUUGGCCCGUGGCAUUGACAUCCCAGACCUGGCGAAUGUGGUGCAAUUCGACUUCUCGAGGAACGUAGUGAAUCACUUGCUGCGAAGCGGCCGAGUGAGCCGCGCGGGCUCCCGUGGACGCGUCUUCAACAUGUACGAUGAUGAUGAGCAGGGCGGCCGGGACUUGGCGGAAGCCAUCCAAGAGUUGGGCUCUGCUCCGUUGGACAGCCUCUUCAGUCGACGUCGGGGUUUCCGACACAUGCUGCAGCGCACGGAGGCAUUCCGGCAGAUGCUCCUGAUGCAGGGCCUGCCCCUUCCACCUCAUUUGCAGGGGCCCAGUCCAGUUGCUGGACAGCUCUCGGAGAGAAGUGAGGUGGAUGCUCAGGCGCUCCUUGAUGAUAUUGAAGAUGAGGAUUCGGAAGACGACAUGUAUGCAGCGUAUGUCUCGGACAUGCUGCCACGGAGUCUGCAAGGUGUCCUUUGCCUUGCUGCAGCGGGAGUGAGAUUGAUUGGCUGAGGGUGUCUGGAAGUCCUAUAUAUGGGAAAGAUGCCCGUUCGUUUUUGCUUGUCAUUGCAAAACGUCGGUUUCAAAUGCCUUUGGAGAGUUGGUCUGUAUCUGUUGGUGACACGUUGAACAGCCUUUGGUUUUCUUGGGGGGAUAUUAAAACCCAUCUUCAAAGGUUCUUCAAUCGUAUUCAUCAAUCCCGCCAUGACAAUGUCUCCAGGGACAUGUCCAGUUCUCACUUUCCAUCCGUUCAUAUCAGUCCUUGACGGCGGCUUCAAUCAGCCUUGACAGUGGUUCAUUCAACGCAGCAAAAAACCCCGUUCUACAUGUUCCUGGAUGGCUAAAUGAAGCUACAGUCGCAAG